CGGCGAGGGGAGGAGUCGCUGCCUCCGGCGCCCCCGCCGCCGCGAUGAACCUCAGCCGCCUGUGCCGCCUGCUGAAGCCCGCGCUGCUGUGCGGAGCCCUGGCCGCGCCCGGCCUGGCCGGCACCAUGUGUGCCUCCCGAGACGACUGGCGCUGUGCUCAGUCCAUGCACGAGUUCUCAGCCAAGGACAUCGAUGGACACAUGGUUAACCUGGACAAGUACCGGGGCUUCGUGUGCAUAGUCACCAACGUGGCCUCGCAAUGAGGCAAAACGGAGGUAAACUAUACUCAGCUUGUCGACCUGCACGCCAGAUACGCUGAGUGUGGUUUACGGAUCCUGGCCUUCCCUUGCAACCAGUUCGGGAGGCAGGAACCAGGGAGUAACGCGGAGGUCAAGGAGUUCGCUGCUGGCUAUAAUGUCAAGUUCGAUAUGUUCAGCAAGAUCUGUGUGAACGGGGAUGAUGCCCACCCGCUGUGGAAGUGGAUGAAAGUCCAGCCCAAGGGGAGGGGCAUCUUGGGAAAUGCCAUCAAAUGGAACUUCACCAAGUUCCUCAUUGACAAGAGCUGCGUGGUGAAGCGGUACGGUCCCAUGGAAGAGCCCCUGGUGAUCGAGAAGGACUUGCUCUGCUACCUCUAGCUCCACAAGGAUGCGCCGCCCCUGCCCCUCGGAGCCUUCUACCCGGCACCCAUGACGGUCUGCCUGAAAACCAGCCUGCUGGUGGGGCAGACCCGAGAACCCGGCGUGCACCCUCUGCCGGAGGAAGGUUCCUCGGCCCGGCUCGUGGCUCGGCGCCCCCCACUCCCCACCCCCGGUUAUCUUGUGGGAAUAAAACGUACAAAUUGG